CGGCGAGAUCCCGAGGCGAGGCUCGCGCGCCCGCCCCCGCCCCGGCCCCCAGCGCCCACCCGGUCCGCCCGGCUCAGCCAUGAUCAAGGCGAUCCUCAUCUUCAACAACCACGGGAAGCCGCGGCUCUCCAAGUUCUACCAGCCCUACAGUGAAGAUACACAGCAGCAAAUCAUCAGGGAGACAUUCCAUUUGGUAUCUAAGAGAGAUGAAAAUGUUUGUAAUUUCCUAGAAGGAGGAUUGCUAAUUGGAGGAUCUGACAACAAACUGAUUUAUAGACAUUAUGCAACAUUAUAUUUUGUCUUCUGUGUGGAUUCUUCAGAAAGUGAACUUGGCAUUUUAGAUCUAAUUCAAGUAUUUGUGGAAACAUUAGACAAGUGUUUUGAAAAUGUUUGUGAACUGGAUUUAAUUUUCCAUGUAGACAAGGUUCACAAUAUUCUUGCAGAAAUGGUGAUGGGGGGAAUGGUAUUGGAGACCAACAUGAAUGAGAUUGUUACACAAAUUGAUGCACAAAAUAAACUGGAGAAAUCUGAGGCUGGCUUAGCAGGAGCUCCAGCCCGUGCUGUAUCAGCUGUAAAGAAUAUGAAUCUUCCUGAGAUCCCAAGAAAUAUUAACAUUGGUGACAUCAGUAUAAAAGUGCCAAACCUGCCCUCUUUUAAAUAAAAAAUUUAAAAGGCCACUCCCAGGUAAAAUCCAGGGGGAAAAGUCAUCUAAGUUUACCAUGCACUUGUUUACCAAAAAUAGAGGAGGAGAGUCUUAAUUUUUGCUCUUGGAUUUAAGUCAAGGUACUGUAUAAAAGUUGUGUAAAAUCAGUAUGAAAGUUCAAUGUUGCUUUUCUUGCUCAGUGAUUUUGAAGAAAUUGAGUAGUUCCAGUAUGAUAUUUCUCUUUCUUUUCUAAACUGCAUUCCUGUGCCCACCUGAAGGCAUGCCUCUAUGUAUUGGCUACUACAGUAUUUCAAACAGUAUUUGAGAUAUUUCUUUAAAUUAUGUACAAUCCACAAUGUUGGUGUUUUGUAUGGAUCACAAGUGCAGCAUUCCAUAAUUCUUUCUGUUAUUUGUCAUGGUUGUUAUUUAAAGAACCAAAUAUGUAUUGCAUGAAAACAUUAUGACCUUUCCUCUUAGUUUAAAUAAACUCCAAGGUAACUGGACUUCUAAAGUACCUUUCUGUUUGCCUGAUAUCUACUUUAGCAAUAAUUUUUUUACGACCUUCUGACUCAACAAAGUAAAUAAAAGUAUAUUUUAUCACUGUUAAA